AUGAUCUACAGUGAAUAUCGCCUAGUCGGCCAGGACGCGGCAGAGUUCGAUUUCCGCGACUUUCGCGGGGCCAAGCUAGAGCGGCUCCGUCGAGGCGCGAAAUUGACAACGAGUGGAAGUCGGGAUGAAGCUCUGCUUGAGUAUACUGAAGGCGGGGACGCGGCCGAACCGUCGAUGCCCUCUUCACCACGCCUGGACGCAAUUGACGUCGACAACACCUCAUUGUGGCCUUCUAAUGCACCAUCACUUCACACUAUACCAUCACAUGCCCUGAACAUGGUAGCAGAGCAAAAUGUGGAUGGAAAUGGGGAUCCUGCAGAGAAAUACUGGGAAGUCCAUCAAGGUAGACAAGUCGAGCAAGAAUUUCCGCUAGAUUGUCCUUGGCCCUGGCUGUUCGAGGAAUCAGGCACCUCGGUGUAUCAGACUGGUGACCCAGUCACCUUUUGGAGCCAGCUACAGUGA